AUGGAUGUCCACCUCAAGGGCAUCUCCAGCGAUCGUUUGUUUCCAACUUUUGCAACCAGAGGUGGCCGCUGCCUGGACCUCGGCCGGAGCGCCUUCUGCAAGUGUCGCCCGGGCUUUGCCGGCUCCCGCUGCGAACUGAACAUCGACGACUGCGCGUGCAACCCCUGCGCUAACGGGGGCACCUGCAUCGACGGCCCCAACUCCUACUCCUGCUCCUGCACCCUGGGCUACGGGGGGAAGGACUGCAGCGUUCGCAUGGACGCCUGCAGCUCCAGCCCCUGCCAGAACAGCGGGACCUGCUACACUCACUUCUCCGGCCACGUCUGCGAGUGCCCCAGCGGCUUCAUGGGCUCCAACUGCGAGUUCCGCGUCCAGCUGCCCACGCCCGUCAGCAGCCCCUGGAUGGCCGAGGGGCCUUUCCCCACCGCCCUGGCCGUCUCCUUCGCUCUGGGGCUGCUGACCUUGCUGUUGGCCGCCUGCGCCAUCCUGGCGCUGCUUCGGCACAUGAGGAACGGGCCCCACCCGCUGAAAAGCCGCGUCUGCAACGACCUGGCGGCCGUCAACAACUUCCGAGAGCGGGAGAGCCGCCUCCUUCCGCGCGGCUGCUUUAAGGUCUCCAACAAGGACGGCCGGUUUGACGGUGACAGCUUCAACUGCAAGAGGAAACUCCUGGACCAGAGUUACGAGUCCAUCUGCAAGAAGCCGGACAAUAAACCGUCGGAGCUCAGCUGGCCUGUUGUGGCGGAGUGUCCGAAGGACGGUGCUUAUCACCCGAUCUACAUCAUCCCCGGCCAGGUGGAGCCCUGCGUUUACGCCACGGAGGUCUAA